CCAUAAACACAAGUCACAACUCACAAAAUAAAAUCACUUUUAUACGUUUUGCGUUCAUUGUAUGUUGUGGUUCAGAACGGUAACAAUGAAAGUUUAAAUGCUGCCUGUUUAAAGUGUAACGUAACCAGGACGUGGAGACUUAAAGGAAGUGAUUAGGAGCUCAAAAUCAGAAUGUAGCGCUUAGUCAAGUUCCAUAAAACGAGUAUUCCAAAUUUGUGUUAUCGAUCUUUGUCUAAAGUGUAAUUUAAAAAGGAUUCAAAAUGUCAGUGGUUAAAGCAAAAGCUCUUGUGAAAAUGGAAGUUAUUCAGGUUGGUGAAUACGAGUUCACCAAGCAAGACAUAAUAGGCCAUGGAGCCUUUGCCAUGGUCUACAAAGGAAGGAAAAGAAAGAAUCCAUCGCAAUCGGUGGCAGUAAAAGUGGUCACAAAAAAGGGCAUACAAAAGGCGUCGGAGAUCCUCGUCAAGGAAAUCAAAAUCCUGCGCGAGUUGACAGCUCUGCAUCAUACGAACCUCGUGGCUAUGCACGACUGCAUGGACAGUCCAGCAUAUGUCUAUGUAGUUAUGGAGUAUUGCAAUGGAGGCGACCUGGCAGAUUACCUACAAGCAAACAGAUUGCUCAGUGAAGGGACCAUCCGGACUUUCCUUCGGCAGCUGGCGGAAGCGAUGCGUGCUAUACACGCCAAGGGUAUCGUUCACCGGGACCUCAAGCCGCAGAACAUCCUCCUCACACACAAUGUGAUGCCGCCGCGAACGCCACACCCUACUGAGAUUACCCUGAAAAUUGCGGACUUCGGCUUCGCGAGGUUUCUAGAGGAAGGAAACAUGGCUGUAACACUGUGUGGAUCACCUAUGUAUAUGGCACCCGAAGUUAUAAUGUCACUGAAGUACGACGCAAAAGCUGAUCUAUGGAGUCUGGGUACGAUAGUCUACCAAUGCCUGACAGGCAAGGCGCCCUUUCAAGCCACUACCCCUCACGAGCUUAAAGCAUUCUACGAGAAUAGCGUCGAUCUACAGCCCAAAAUGCCUGCGGGCACCAGUCCAGAGCUAUGCAAUCUUCUGAUUGGACUGCUACGACGAAACGCGCGGGAACGAAUGCCCUUUGAGGUUUUCUUCAACCACCCCUUCCUACAACGGCCCAGGACCACAUCCAUAACAAGUUUGGACUCGGAUCUGCCUGACAUAUUGGAGUGCGAUAUCGAAGGCUGUGUUGAAACUAACUGUAUCCUUGAGGAGUCUUGGGACAGCCAGGAAACAAGUUCCAGCAGUGCUCUCCCGACAACGUCUGCAGCACGCGCACCUUUAUCGGUGCUUCACUCGCAGCCGCAGCAGGUUAUGCAACCAGCCAAAAAGCCAAAACCCUCUUCAUCAUCGGACUCGUCAGACUUGUGGCCGGGCGCGGAGGACUUUGUCGUCAUAGAAGCGGACAGCGGGUCGGCGGAUGGGUCCCACACGUCACAAGGCUCGCACGGAUCGCACGGAUCCUCAGCGUCCGAGGCGGCGUCGCGGCCGCGGUCGCUGGCAUUGCCUGCGCCGCAACCCACCGACUCUGCGAACGCGACCGAUCCACCCGCACAGCCCACCAAUCAGCAACAGCACGAGAACACGUCUAACGUGCCCCCAACACGGAACCCGCCGAGCGCGUGUAACGUGCCGCGAUCGCAACCCAUUGACGUGCUGCGCUCUAACCACAACCGAAACACGACCAACAUCGGCUCGCUCUCGCCACCCAGUGUACCAUUCACAAUGGGGACUCCCCCUUCGACUCGCAGACGAAGUGCCUCUGGGAGUUCCCCACCGCCUUCGUUGUGGCAAGUCUCACCAACGAAUAGCCCUUCAUACAGGAGAUCAGGGUCGUCCCCGCCAGUAACGUUGGCCGCGCUCAAGGCUAGCGGGGAAUCGUCACCGAAGCGCGGUGCACUGCCCGACGCUUUACUGCGCGGGAUCAAGAUGCACCACGACCCGCCCGUCUACAUCCCCAAUCUUCAGGAGGAGACUAUUUUAGCGGAGGAGCACAGCAAGGUGUUCUCGCAGCUCAACUUCGUGCUGAUGCUGGCGGAGCUUUUGUCCGACCUAGCUGUGUCCUGCGGCGCACCCCUCGCAGCACUCAUGGACGCUUCUGACGAGAGGUGCAACGAGAGCGUGCGGCUAGGUCUGCUAGUGCAGGCCAUGCAGGCGCUGGCGGCAGGCCUGCGCCUGGCCGCCGCCCACUACCGCUCGCGCACGCUGCAGCCCACGCCGCAAGUGCGCAACGUUGUUUCACUAAUGAAUGGCAAGUACAAAUGGAUCGUGAACGAAUCGCGCAGGCUCCACGAAGCUGGUGUGACGCCCGCGGUUUGUGAUAAAAUACUCUAUGAACACGCUAUCGAAUUGUGCCAAAUGGCCGCAAUCGAAGAGCUGUUCGGCGACGUGAAAGAGUGCGAGCGGCGCUACAUGUCCGCACAAGUGUUGCUGCACUCGCUCGUACAGCGCCAUCCGCUGCAUCCCCACCAUCGCACCACGCUCUCCAAGUACAGGGACGCAGUACAAAGGCGACUCAACUGUCUUAAAGGGCCACGGAAAAUUAUGGACGUGAAACUAGAAGCCGGGAUCUCAUAAUGCAAUAAGGCAUCACCUAGAAAUAAGUACAUACGACACGCAAGACGAGAAGUGAUUUUAUUCUGUUUUUAAAAAAUGACUUGCAGUGAAAAACUAUUAAAAAAAAGUGUAUAAAAGGUUUAUAAGUGAACGAUAUUAAUACAAAGUAAUCAUCAUACACGCAUCUGUUGUUUAGCAAUGAAGAUUACCGGAGAUUGCAAUAGUGAGUUAUAUUUUUUUAACUGUAUGUAGCGAUGUGUUCUUGCAAGCGGUAGUAUAUUCUAGAAACCCUUAGAAAGUGUUAGUGUAAAGAUUUAAGUACAGCUUAAAAUAAAUUUUAA